CGUGCUGCUGGCGCCACCUGGGGGAGGACGCGGCGGCCUCCAUGUUCGGCGUGCGGCGGCGAGACCAUGAAGAAAGAUACUGCAUGGCGCGACAUGAUGGCCCACCCCGGCGGUGGCAACGGGCCCCGGGGGCGGAACAUGCCCCACGACGGCGAGGAGAAAGGGAAAAUGUUUGUGGGUGGCCUGUCCUGGGAGACCACCCAGGAGUCCCUGCAGCGGUACUUCGGCCAGUACGGCGAAGUGAUUGACUGUGUGGUCAUGAAGAACAGCGAGACGGGCCGCUCACGGGGCUUUGGUUUCGUCACGUUUGCUGACCCCAACAAAGUGGACUCGGUGCUGAAGAGUGGACCUCAUGAGCUGGACGGACGCACGAUUGACCCCAAGGCAUGCAACCCACGCAGCAUGCAGAAGCAGAAGAGAAAUGGAAAUUGGCCUAAGGUUUUCCUCGGAGGCUUGCCAUCCAACCUCACCGAGACAGACCUUCGUAACUUCUUCUCUCGGUUUGGUGGAGUGAUGGAGGUGGUCAUCAUGUUUGACCAGGAGAAAAAGAAAUCCAGAGGCUUUGGGUUUUUGUCCUUCGAAACGGAAGAGGCAGUGGAUAGAGCGGUGGCUGAGCACUUUGUCAACAUUAAUGGAAAGCAGGUGGAGAUCAAGAAGGCUGAGCCCCGUGAUGCCAGCAAGGCCCAGGAGGAGGGGGGCCAGUGGGGCACCCACCCCGACAAUCACUGGGGGAUGCCUGUGGGCCCGCCUGGCAUGCCUGGUCUCAACAAUGGCAUGGGACCUGGCAACAUGGGGCCUCCCAUGGGGCCACCCUUAGGCCCCCACAACAGUCAGAUUGGAGGACACAUGGGCACACAGGGCAUGGUGCAGGGGCCCUACCAGGGGUGGGGCACUCCCCCGCAGCAGCAGGGCUACCCUCCCCAGGGGUACGGUGCCCCGCAGGGCCCUGGAGGCUACCAGGGGUGGGGGGCCAGCCAGCAGCUCCAGCAAUGGGGUGCUCCUAACUACGGCUCUCCGGGAGGCCAGCAGUACGGCAGCUUCGGGCCCAUGGAGGGGGGAACGUGGGGUUGGACGUCCCCCACCUCUCCCUCCACACCUCAGCCACACGAACGGGAUCCGUAUGGUCGUAAUGCACCACUUAGUGCUCUAAUGACUGGGGCACCUGGCGCUCCUUCUCCAAACCUUGCAGCUGCAGCAGGUCCUCAGCCUGGUGGGAAAGCUUCUGCUGACUAUAGCUCUUGGGGUCAGUUUAACUACAACCAGAUGAGCGGGGAAAACUCUGCAGCGGCUGCAGCUGCGGCGUUCAACCACGGCCGUGGGUACAACGAUGGAGGGGCCCCGGGUCAAGCACCGGCCCACCAGGGUGAGGGCAGCUCGGUAUGGUAGUGAGGGUUACAUCCUGCAUGAGGGUCUGGAUCCACAUGCCAAUGGGCGGCCUUCACCCAGUGAUGCUGAGCAAAAGACAUAUAAUAUCUCACUAUAGUCAUGGAUUCUGACUGUUCAUUGUGUAGAUGAUUUGAGCCCAUGUUGGAAGAGUGCCAUGCAUCAGAAGGAAUGAACCACAAGAGGUAUUUAGGAGCAGUGUGUGUGUCUGGUAAGAACUACAGCUUGUCAGGUGUUUGUGUGGGGAAAGUCUUCAUCUCGCUGUCAUCAGCAGUGGGAGCAUGGGGUUGAGGGUGUUUCGUGUGCGGGACGUAGCUGUUUCCAUUGUGGUUGUACCUUUUGAAAAUAGCCUCUGUUUAAACAAAUGAUCUAUUGCUCAGAUUUUCUGAUAGUGUAACUCGUCAGGAGAGUAUCGAGCUUCUUCAGAACAUUAAUGUUAGAGUGUUGAAUCUUUUUAAAAUUCAUUAUUUUUUCAGUGCUUAAUGAUAUCUUAGCCUCCUAAGGAAAAAAUAUCAGUACUGAUUACUCCAAGAGUGUAUUAGGUAAUUGGCACCCUUCCACUAUGGGCACAGUGUAAUGAAGCAGGUAUGUAGUAGAAACAGUAUGCCUCCUUCGCGACAACAGACAGUACACAAAUGUUAUCAAAGAGAAAGGAAAUGGAAAAAACGAGAACAUCCCAACAUUGCCUACUAUUGACUAUCGAGCAAAGUACGUACCAUCGUCACCACAACUCCACCUACUUUUCAAAGCCCACCACAGCAAACCUCUAUCCACCUGGUCUAAGGUUAGAAGUAAGACAACACAGAGACCAAAGAUUAGCUCGUAUCAAGAACUGCCCCGUACAGGACCACUUUUCUGCUUUUUCUCUUUUCAUUUUCAAUUGUAAUUUUAUACAACCUUUUUUUGGCACUUGCUCUCUUCUAGCUAUUUUGAUUUUUGAUAAGUGGACGAGCAAUAUUGACCAUAUUUUACAUGUAUAACUAAUUUUUUAAGGUAGUUUUUCUAGGUAAAAAGAAAAUUGUGAUUCUCACUAGUAUUAAAGACAUAGUCCAUAAUUUUAUUGUUGUUACUAUUGUAAAUUUUCUUUAAUAAUAUCUGAGUAAGAUUAAGGUCUAAUGAUAAAGUAAAUGUUUUAAUACCUCGUCGCAACAGAAAUACAGUAUAUAGACACUCCUUAUGCUGCUUACAGGUACUUGAUAAAGCUUGCACAGUUGGAUCAUUUAUUUUGGUAUGCAGGAAGGUGGUGCUUAUUACAUCAUUUGUUUUCUGAAGGUCGUGCUGCUCUGGGUCCUGUACUGAAUGGGCUUGAUGUGAAUUUCCCGGUUGUAAACAAGAAAGCAUUUGGCGCAGUGGUUUUUUAAACUGUACAAUUUUAGGUACAAUAAUUGUUAAGAAGAUUGGUUAAUGUGCUCAUUUCUUCUGUUGAGGCCGUUGUAUUUGAUACUGAAAUAUAAGCUUAGUCUACCGAUGCCUUUUGUACAGCAUUUAGGUUUUAAGUUUUAGCCUAUAUUUUGUACAUAACAAAGACUUUUUUAACAAUGAAAUACUGGAGGAUUAAGUGUAGGUAUCUUGUGUAAAUGAUUGAGUGUGUCGCCACUUGGCAACUGAUGUGUACUGUUUCUGUUCAUUUUUUUUGGAUUCUGUUUAAUUUAAAAACCUGACUCCCCUGCAAUGGUUGUUUAUGAGGAACUGCCUCCCCACACCUGUCUUCAGUAGUUCUGGCCAGGUGGUAACAGCCAAGCCUAGCCAUUUUUCUCCAGAUACUUGAUAUUUUUGUUUAAGGUAACAAAGAACAUUGUAUACUGUAGUUCAGUGGCUGUUUUAUACCAGACAUGGCUGGGUUUGGCUGCGACUGCCUCUGAUGGCUUAAAAUGGCUUAGUGGUUGAAAACAUGUUAGGAUUUAAUGCGGCUGCCUUUAAAUGUAAUAGGACUGGUACAAAACUUUAAUGUAGAGCAGCUGCAAAGUAUGGUAAAUGUUAUGAUGUAAAAGGUGGCAGAAGUUGCAUAUUGCAGCUUUUGAGCAGACUUGCUGCCUUGUAGAACUGCAUCUAGCUUUGCAGUGUUGAAUGAGAUCAGUUUCCUGUCUCCAGUUGAUGAGUGGGUUUUAAGAGUAGUCUUUGUGAUGCUGCAGGUAAUGUCUGGAAGCUGUCACCCUUCCUCAACCUCAAUCUUCCUGCAGUGUGUGCUCAGAUGAUUACACUUGUUUAGGGUGCUUGAUGGAGGCUUAUGUUUUACAGGUGUUCACUAUUCUCUUAUGUAUAGUUUGUAUUGCAAAGUGUGUACAGACUUUGAAUUGCACCUGUUGGGAUGGGGAGGAUAAUAAUUGCAAAUGUAAGGAACAAAUAAUUUUUCACCUUCCCCUCCCCUGCCAACCUUUCUUGGAGGAUGGAUCAAACAUUUUGAUUAAUUAACCUUAUUGUUACAAUAAUUCUAUCAUCAUUAGGUAGAACGGUCAGAUUAUGCACAUAAUCUUGGAAGCAUGAGUACCUGCACCCUCUGCAAGUGGUGGAUCUGCUUGGCAUAGGUGGUGUUCUAGUCACCCCACUCCCAAACCACUCUGCAGUGCUCCUCUUACCUGAUUGGACUAGUGCUAGAUAACUACUAUGCUGACCCAGAGAAGUCACCAUAAAGUUGCAUUUUUUAUGAGAAUUUAGCUUUUAAUUUAAUGUAAUGCAGUUUUAAUAAAAGUAUUCUUCAGAGUAGAAGCUUAUAUUGCUAAUUUUAACUGAAUUAAAACCGAAGACCCCCUAAGAGGCUGUACAUAGUGGAGAGUGCGGGAGGGACGUGGGGUGUGUUUAUUGCUGCGCCAAUGACCUGUAGUUUGAUACGAUGACUGCCGUGUUUGGCAUUAUUGGCCCGUGGAACUAUUUCUGUUGCAGCUCUUUGUGAAGUAAGUUACUGUGUGCCUACAAACACACAUGAAUCAUGCUCAAAUCAUUACAUUAAGACUGAGUGAGCCAGGAAAUUUAAAUGUUUAGAUGUAAUACAUUACAGCGUUGUCGUAAUAUACAACAUCAUCAGGGAAAAUUUUGAAUUAAGUAGAUCUUCUAUACAGUGAUGAACAUCUUUUUUAUUUGAACUUUGUACAUAUAGGGUUAAGGCUGCAAAACUAGACGAGUGCCACAUUUUAGAACAUAAAUCUAGAGAUAGUUAAUUUGUACAAUCCUGCUAGUUGUGUACAGCAGCAGAUCAACGGCAAAAUAUAAACAACUGAAAGAAGAUAGUUUCAGUGCCCCUCAGAUACCAGGUGUCGGUAGUGACGUAUCUGACCUUUCAUUUCCUAACAGGUGGGAGGCUGCAAGUGUUGGGGAUCAUGUUGGUUUAGUUAUAUCUGUUCCUUUGUUCAGUUUAUCCACAAUAAUAAAGUGCCACCCAAGGUCGUGUGGGAAGUUGUACGUAUCGUGUUUGUAAUUUUAUGCAUUCAAAAUCAUUGGAAUUAAAACAAAAUGACAGUGCCAUGAUCCUUA